UCCACCCAUACACCAAUGUCUUCCAAUCUCUCUCUUAUCUUUCUCCUUCUGAUUCCUUUUUAUAUUCCUCUGCAAUUUUCUCUCAAUUUGAUUUCAUUUGCUCGGCCAUGGCGACUACCAUGAAUGCUGCUGUUUCCUUCACAUCUUCAAACUCUUCUUCUCUUCCUGCUACAAGUUGUGCCAUUGCUCCCGAAAGGAUCAGGUUUAGUAAGGGUGCUUUUUACUACAAAAGCAACAAUGUAGUGACAAGUAAAAGAGUGUUUUCCAUAAGAGCUCAAAUCACAACAGAAACAAAUACUCCUACUCCUGCCAAGAAGGUAGAGAAAGUGUCUAAGAAGAAUGAGGAAGGUGUGAUUGUUAACAGGUACAAACCAAAGGAGCCAUACACCGGAAAAUGCCUUGUCAAUACUAAAAUCACAGCAGAUGAUGCUCCUGGAGAGACCUGGCACAUGGUUUUCAGCCAUAAAGGAGAGAUCCCGUACAGAGAAGGGCAAUCAGUUGGGGUGCUUGCAGAUGGAAUUGACAAGAAUGGAAAGCCUCACAAGGUCAGACUUUACUCGAUUGCGAGCAGCGCUCUUGGAGAUCUCGGCAAUUCUGAAACCGUUUCUUUGUGUGUGAAAAGACUUGUCUAUACUAAUGACCAAGGGGAGGUUGUUAAAGGAGUUUGCUCAAAUUUCUUGUGUGACUUGAAACCCGGAAAUCCAGUGAAGCUCACUGGUCCUGUAGGCAAAGAAAUGCUUAUGCCAAAGGAUCCAAACGCCACUGUUAUUAUGCUUGCCACAGGAACUGGCAUUGCUCCUUUCCGGUCUUUCUUAUGGAAGAUGUUCUUCGAGAAACAUGAUGACUACAAGUUCAAUGGCUUAGCUUGGCUUUUCUUGGGUGUACCAACCACUAGCUCAUUGCUCUACCAAGAGGAGUUUGAUAAGAUGAAAGCAAAGGCCCCUGAGAACUUUAGGGUGGAUUACGCGAUAAGCAGAGAACAGGCGAACGACAAAGGAGAGAAAAUGUAUAUCCAGACUCGGAUGGCCCAGUACGCAGCUGAAUUAUGGGAGUUGCUGAAAAAAGACAACACUUUUGUCUACAUGUGUGGGCUUAAGGGAAUGGAGAAAGGAAUUGAUGACAUUAUGGUCUCAUUGGCUGCAAAUGACGGUAUUGACUGGUUCGAUUAUAAGAAGCAGUUGAAGAAGGCAGAGCAAUGGAACGUUGAAGUCUACUGAUCAAGACAUGCGGUAGCAAGUAUAGUGGAACAAAACUGUUAUUUUCGUUUGACAAUUGCUGUAACUUAAAGAUAAGUUUUUUUUGAUAUAUUUUACUAAAAAAGGGCUAUUUAAUCUUA